CCUUCCAACGUCUCUCACUUUUUUUUUUUUUUUUUCAGUUUGCUGCAUUACAGAGCAGAGGAUAUAUAGCGAGCUUGUGUGUAUAUGGACGGCCAGCUUCAAAACUUUGAGAGCCCGAGAUCAGUACGUACACUGUCAGCGCCGUUGCUACUUGUACGUUUUGUUUUCUGCUGCUGCUUCUACUUGUGCUGAUUCUCAAACUAGUGCUACGAAUGCCGCUGCUACAGCUGCUUCAUCAGUAUAUACGGCACUGCGUGAGGCUUGAUGUUGCUCAUUCGGCGUCGAGUUUCUGUUGAAAGUGGUGGGCCGCAGGAACGUGCAAAAGCUUUCGGUCGCAGUGAGAAUUCCUUACACUGAGCUGGGUAUUUUGGGAAGAAAAAAAACAACAACACGAAUAAAAGAAAAUAAGAAAAAAAAAGACAAAACAAUAAAAGGAGCUGAAGAAGAAGGCAUAAUACUUUUACAAAGGGCAGCCAAUAGUUGUUGUUGGUGUGAGGCAAAGAUGUAAAAAAAAAAAAAAGCCAAACUUAUCUAUUGGAGAGUGCUUAUCGCGUUUAGUAAUGCGUAGAAUCGUUCGCGGUUGUCAACCUUCCCCUGCGCCAGUAACAACAUGAAAUCAAACGGUAUAGUGCAACAAAAGUCUGCGUCAGCGCUAGAAGUCAGUUAGGAACGUGUUGACUUGUACUGUUGCUUUUAACAGUUUUAUUUUCCUUUUGAAGGGGGUGAGGGAGCAUUGUUUUUUUUUAUUGGAAAAUUGGAUUUGAAUUAGAUUUCGGUUUUGAUCAGGCGGCGGCAAACCCAUUAGAUAGUGAACGAUGCACUUUUGGUGAGAGGUUGUCAGUGCGCACGAUGGAAGGGCAGCCAAGGGUAAAAUAGGGCGUGGUGUUAUCGUAAUUUAUUUCCUCUUUUUUCGUGUCGGCUAACUCAAAUGAUAAUGGAAAUUUUAAUUCCACGGCAAGCGCUGUCCAUCGGGUGGCAGGGAAGGUUCACCAGUGCAGUCGUUUUCUUUCUGCGUUAGCUAACCAGAUUGUAAAAGUCUGAACAGAUGUCGGUACUGUGGUAUCGCGUUAGCAUGUGCCUUUGCUAAUGUCUGUGCACGAGUGUCCAUCUGUUGUGUUUCUGGUGUCUUCUGCAUCUCAUCUGUGCCUUCAUGAAGCACUCGAGGACGACCGAUACACAAUCCAGACUGAACAGACACAUACCUUCGCCGUGCAGUUGGCCUGUGCACACUCUCACUUCUGGAGUUUUCAUGCCUGUAGACGGACGGAUCAGCUGGACUAUGGAUUGCUGUUGCUGCUACCGGUCUCGAUCGAUAUAUAGAUACCGUGUGCUGCCCUCUUUUUCUAUUCGUUCGUCAGCUGGCGAGAACCACGGCGGCAUCCCGGCGAGUGAAUCGUCGUUAUAACUACGAAAAAUAAUAGACUAAGCAAGUGGAAAGAGGAAACUCAAUUUGAAUAAAACGCAAUUGGUAACGUGAGAAUUUAACGACAAACAGUGAAAAAAAAAAAAAAAAUUUUUUUUUUUUUUUUUUUGAAGACAAGUGCACAAAUCGAACGUACAGAAACAACAAACUCGUGAAUUUGAACUGAAGGAUUCACACGGGGGAUUUUAAAUUUGCCCCGUUGACUGUAUGAGCUUAUGUAAAUCCAGUUGAUUUCGAUUCACGUCAAACAGGAGACUCGAGAUGAGCCGGAGUGCGUACAACCGAGAAUCCAUUACCGUCCUGCUAAAGAAAUGUGCGAAUAAAAAAAGUGGAUAAUCGCACAACCGCCAGCAUCUUACCUUUUAUUUUUAGCUGGAAUUUUGUAACUAUUCAAAGCAGUCGCAUUGUUCUACCCCACAAUUAGACACUGAGUACAGCCAAUGGUUGAUAAAGAAAAUUGUUUUCGCCAACUACUUGAACGUGAGCUGGGAUAGCUAAGUGGUCAAACUGAGUGGUGCCAUGGCUUGCUCUUCUUCUGUUGCUACUGGUGUCACUCAUGUAGCCACAUCAUCUUCGUCAUUAUCGGCUGCCCCGGUGACCUCAUCUAAUGCCCCAAGUGGUAUUUGUUCAUCCUUCGCCAGCCACAACCCUCGGCCACCGGAACGUCACAAUCUGCAAAUCCAUACGAAGAGUAUCGAGCAAACACUCAUACCGCUCGUCACGCAGAUUACGACGCUGGUGUCGGCUCCCGAUCGACCUUUGAAAGCUGAGCGCUCCCGCCGAGCAUUAGGCCGUGUUGGUCGGGCUGUCCAGGCUGCUGUCGAACGAUUUGUAUUGGUUGGUGAAACCAUUGCAGAUGACAACAGUGAAAUCAAGCUGGAUAUGUAUGAAGCCUGCAGGGAAGCCCGCCAAGCAGGUAUAGCCAUUGAAAAGCUUUGCGAACUGCAAUACGACGAAGCGCAAUCGUGCUGCACGGACGGAGAAACAAGUCCAUCAGGUGGAAGCGGUUCUAUUGUUGGAAGCUCUGCAAUUGCAGACAAAGGUUCUAUGGUACGAGCAGCCCGAUGUCUACUGGCGGCCGUCACCCAAGUUCUCCUGCUGGCUGACACUAUUGUCGUCAAACAACUACUGCAAGCUAAAGAUAAAGUGUCGAACACGCUGACGCGUCUAGAGGGAGUCAACAACUUCACCGAGUUUGUCAAAGCCUUCAGCCAGUUCGGCAGCGAGAUGGUCGACUUUGCUCACGUGACGGGCGACCGUCAAAACGAUCUGAAAGACGAGAGACGGCGAGCCCAAAUGAGCGCCGCUCGCACCAUCCUCGAACGAUCCACACUCAUGCUUCUCACUGCCUCAAAGACGUGUUUGCGACAUCCAGAAUGUACAUCGUCUCGAGAAAACCGGGACACUGUCUUCUGCCACAUGAGACGCGCCAUUGAUCUCGUUCAUUACGUUGUCAAAGAUGGUCUUUUACAAACCAGCAAUGACCAUGCGAGCAACGACGUACGCACCACUGGAAACGGCUCUAAUUCUUCACCAGCGCCCAACCAACCCAAAGAGGAGGAUUGGGACGUCUUGUUAACGGCGUGUGGAGCCAUACAGCAACUUGACGACUCCGUGGAGAUGACACGGCUUACAUUGGCUCCAACGGCUUGUCGCGAACGCUUGACUUUGGCCCUGAACGCAGCCAUCGAGCGAACGCAAGAUUUCACCGAUUCGGCCUACACAUCACACGAACACCGUGAAAACAUACUUCUCCUGUGGGACCGGGUUAGGUCGGGGCUAUCUCACGUCAUUCGAGCCGGAAUAAAUUUAGAACAAAGAGAAAGGCAUUCGCCAACUGAGGAACUAGAGACGGCUAUCAGAACGCUGUUGCAGUGCACUCAGGAAUUACGACUUCAACUUGAACAAACGGCCUUAGAGCAGGCAGCAGAUCUAUUGGCCUCGUCGAGGGAGGAUGCCGAUUUGAUAGGCCAUCUUCGGGCAGCCGCCAUUUCACUUGAUGGUGACAGGUUCGAUGAAUGCGGUGAACGCUUCCAAGAGCACGUCGAUCAUCUGCAAGAAGUGUGUAAGCUCCUGCGUCACGUGGCGCCCACCGAAGCCCUCCAAGUUCAAGCCAAAUACGCCGAGAUCACCGUUCGCAUCUACGGACCCCAAAUGCUCACAGCUACCCACACCCUCUCGCUUUAUCCAAAUUCCAAAAUCGCAAAAGAAAAUUUCCAAGUCUUCUCCGAUUGCUGGCAGGCGCUGCUCAAUGACGUCACCAAUCUGGCCAAAGAAGUAUCGGAGCUGCUGCAAGGACGCGCGGCAGAGAAGCACGUCUACAUGUCCCUUCCGCGACCGGGCAAACAUGGGACCACUAGUAAACCACUGAAGCCGGGCAAACUCGACUCUGAGGAGCAAGCGAAAAUAGCCAAAGCUGGUCUGGAGAUGAAGCUCAUCACGAGCGAGAUGGACGCUGAAACGGACAGAUGGACGGAGGCUCAGAAUGCCGCUCAACAACAACUUGCGUCUGCAAGAGGGAUUGAUAGGGAAUCAGCUGUUGGGGUGGCCAAUCAAGGGAUGGUUGGUGGCGUUGGCAACGAAGCGGUCAGCAGCAGUGGACCGGGCGUGCCAGUAAGUCCCACUAAUGGCGGCCUCGACGAGAACAAUGACAUCGUGAAAAGAGCGAAGAACAUGUCUUCAAUGGCCUUUAGCAUGUACCAGUUCACACGUGGCGAGGGCACGCUUAAAACAACACAGGACCUCUUCACUCAAGCAGAAUAUUUCGCUGAAGAAGCCAAUCGACUGUACAAAGUCGUCAGGCAAUUCUGUUAUCAGGUGCCGGCUGGAACGUUGAAGAAAGAAUUGUUGGACUACGUCGAUCAAAUUCCCACCUACGUCCAGCAAUUGCAAUUCACCGUUAAAAACCCAACGGUGGGCAAGGCAGCGACGUUCACCAAAGUCGACGCCGUCAUUCAAGAGACCAAGAACUGCAUGAAUUGCGUCUCAAAAGUGGUCAGCACUUGCUUCGAAUGCGCCAACAAGUAUAACUUGUACAUGUCGGACACUUUGGUGUCGGAUGCCAUGACAAGCAGCACUGGUAGCGAGGAUCACCAAACCUCAUCGUCGAUGAUGUUCAAACCCGUCAACGACAUUCAGUCCAGACUAGGGAAGUACAACCUGGACUUCCGUGGAUUGUCACCCCGUGGACGUUCUCCAGGCCAGCGAGGUGACGACGAUGGUGGUGGUGCCGGAGGUGCAUCAGAAGGUGGCAAGGCGAACGGAGGGGCAGGCGGCGACCCGUCCAUCUGACAGUUCGGGAUGGCCCGAAGGGGCAAAGGAGAUUCACGACGGACCCGCGUUUCAUUUUUGCUCUUUUAACAAAGCCAAAAUCCUGUCAUAGUAACAGCUUACAGAAGACAACAACUACAAGUAAAAUGCCCGAUGACAAAAAAAAUCCAAAACAAGCGUAAAUUUAUUUACGAUGUUAAUCGCCGUUUAACAACAGCAUACCAAUUACUAGUACAAUAGACAAAAAAAAACGCGGACAACAAAAUGACAAUGCCUACAGCUAUCACUUUCAUCAAAACAAGUACAUAAUUAAAAAUUGGCUUGGUAAAGGCAAAUGAUUUCAGUCAAGAUGUAUUAUAAGUUUGCCAUAUUUGCACAGUUUUUAAUCGAACAUCGUGAAUAUUUCGCCUCUUGAUUUUUGUUAUUUAUACGACAAUUUCAUCUUCCACUCUCAAUCUAUUUACGGGCUGCUCGUAAACAGUGCAGGAACACGUUCAGUGUAUUAAUCAAACGAUGGAGCGUUGUUUAAAUUCUUUAUUGCGGUUGUAUACGUAAGAUGGUUGUACAUUGUUAGUCGGAUAUAUGCCUCUUCCCAUAAUUUUUUUACCACCUUAAAUUCUACACGUGUUCGUUAUUUACGGCAAAUCCAGUAAGAGGAAUUGUCUAAAAUCGAUUGUGCAAUUUACUUGGCUAACGAAGUCUACUAUACGAGCUUGUGGAUGGAGUUUUUUUUUUAUUGUUUCAGUAAAAUUGACGUUAGUGAAAAAAAAAAAAAAGUUGCGAAGCUUAAAAAAAAAAUUAAACAAUUCGAUUUCUACCAAAGAAUGAAAAAAAAGAAAUUUUCCUCGUUCGUAAACGGAACUCAACAAUGAUGGUGAAACGUUAUCUGCCUUGUUUAGUAAUCCAAUUGGGGACUUAACGAAAGAUAAUAAUUAAUGAAUGAUUUAAUCGAAACGGUAAGAAAAGAAAAAGUCAACCAAAUUAUUCAACACUGAACGACGGCAUUAUCUUCAUGUUACAGUCUUAGGGACAAACUUUGCCAAAUUAGUUAUAGUCAAUUGUUUGAAUGAAUUUACGGAAAACUGAUCGCCAAUACCUUAAACGACGUCAACGUUUUGUCUACGAUUUUCUUUAGAUUAUGUACUCGACAUCGGUGGAUAUUAUUUGACACAAACCUAUUCGGCAAUGUUUUUCUUUCACUUUUGUUUUUCUCUUGCUAUACAUCCAGCACAGGUUUUUCAUGUUCAAGAAUAUCUCAAAGUGUUGAUUCUGUGUCUCCCAAGUUGUUAAUGUGUAAACGAAUGAAUAAUCACCUUGUUGUUUGGCAAUUGUUUUUCGGUUUCUAUCAUUGUUCCAUUUCUUUACAUUUAUGGUCUUUCGAUGUUUCUAUGUCAUCCACCAUUGUUCGCCAUUGUGUAAUGAACUAAAUCUGCCUUCAGUGUAUAUCUCUCAACCGAAUGUUGUUUUAUUGUCAUAUAGGCUAUGUUGAUGUUUGAGAAAAAGGAAAAAAAAAAAUUUACGAAGCACGGUAAUAAUGAUGGAAAUUUUGUUCACUCACCAUACAAUCAAUCUUCGUUCAUCUGUUGCAUGUAGGCAACCUGCCACAAAAAUAUCUGCAGUUCUAUGACGAGCCAUCUGAUGUGUAAUAAAUCUGAUGGACGUGCUGUAAAUUGUGUUUAUGUAAAUCAAAUAAACAAAUUUAAAACA